AUGCGUGACUCCGUGUUCAAGCCGCGAGCUCCACUUCGUCACCGUGUCAGUUUCGAGCAACGUGGCGACACUCCAUUGCACAAGGCCGCCAAUAGUGGUAAACUCGAGGUGUGUCAAGCGCUGCUCACUGCAGGCGCCGACUGUAAAAUCAAGAAUGAGCGUGGCGACACUCCGUUGCACGAUGCCGUCAGGAGAGAUAACCUGGAGGUGUGUCAAGCACUGAUCGCUGGAGGGGCCGACUGUAACAUCAAGAAUGAGCGUGGCGACACUCCGUUGCACGAUGCCGUCAGGAGAGAUAACCUGGAGGUGUGUCAAGCACUGAUCGCUGGAGGGGCCGACUGUAACAUCAAGAAUGAGCUUGGCGACACUCUGUUGCACGAUGCCGCCAGGAGAGGUAACCUCGAGGUGUGUCAAGCGCUGAUCGCUGGAGGGGCCGACUGUAACAUCAAGAAUGAGGAUGGCAACACUCCGUUGCAACAUGCCGCCAUUAGUGGUAGAAUCGAGGUGUGUCAAGCGCUGCUCGCUGCAGGGGCGGACUUUAACAUCAAGAAUACGCGUGGCAACACUCCGUUGCAUGAUGCCGCCACGAGAGGUAGAAUCGAGAUGUGUCAAGCGUUGCUCGCUGCAGGGGCGGACUGUACCAUCAAGAACACGCAUGGCGACACUCCGUUGCACGAUGCCGUCAGGAGAGAUAACCUCGAGGUGUGUCAAGCGCUGCUCGCUGCAGGCGCCGACUGUAAAAUCAAGAAUGAGCAUGGCAGGACACCAUUGGACAGAGCGAGAUACUGGAAACAUCAUAAGGUUGUAGCGCUAUUGGAGAAGGCCACCCCAUAGUCAUCAUGAGACCUUUACUAAUUGUAAAGUGGCUAUGCACACACUGCGGGUCAUUUCCUGCCAGUUGUGGCAACAUGGCAGCUAUCUUUCUCUGACGGAUCCAGAGCUUUAAUCGUCACAUAUAUAUGACUUUGUAUGUAUUUGAGCAAUGGGCAGGUUGGACUGCGGUGUUGUCUUGCUGUCCCUGCCCACAAUGCCAGUGCAUGAUACCAUACAUUUCUAGACAUGCUAGCUUCCAUUUCCUCUUCUCUUCCAAGUAUCUUAAAGAGAUCGUCUUGCACUCCAUGCAGAUCCUUACUAGAAGUUACAAUGUUUGAAUAGAAAAUUGUACAAUGUCGUCACAGUAGUGCUUUGCUAGCAUUAUAAUUAUUAGAAUCAACUGACAUACUAUCGUCAGUGGAUGUAUUUUCAACACGUUUCUCCUUAUUUUUUAUCAAUUGUUCGUUUCAAGUCGUUUGAUUAGACUAUUCCGUGUGUUAGCGGCCUUCGUGACUUCCAUUAGGGACAGCCAUCAUUUUUUCCCCGCAAUCGGUAUGGAGGCAAGAACUUGAUACCAAAGAGAAAUAAAAUACCGGUAUUUUACUACUUCCUGCUUGAUGUUUAUGGUUUAUAGUGUGUUGUACUUCAAGCACAUUUUCUACUUGCCUGCAGCAGUAUUUAACAAAGUGGUAUGGUUUGGCAAGUUCGGUAUUCACACUGACUUGUUCUGAUGUACAUGUACAUCCAUGUAUAUCAACUGUCAAACUUCUUGCUGUGAAUACGUUCUGCAAUGCUCAUUCCAUGGAUUUUAUUGAUGCCUCUGCACCCCAUAUUGUAGCUUUCACUGAUUUGUACUUGCAGUAAUUGCUAUGAUCGGUGAUUUCUUGAGUCAAUUUGAC